CACACAGCAGGUCGCUCGCCCACACACUGUCAAGUUCAACUCCCCGCUCCGCUCCCCCAAAGAUUCCAAAUUUUCCCAAAUCGCUCGCCUCAAUCGCCCGCGCCCCCGCCGAAUCCCCAGAUCCCCACCUCCUCCCGCGCGCCCCGGCCCCCAGCCCCGCCCAAUUCUAGGGUUCCCCACCCGUACGCCACCAGAUUAGGGUUUCCAUCUCGCAUUUCGCCCUCCCGGAGCUUCCCCUUCCGGGCGAUUGGAGCCGGAGACGAGCGUCUGGCCGCGGCGAGCUGCGGGUUCCCUCUGCCUAGGGCCUGGAUUUCCGGCGGCGGGGGGGAUGUCGUGAAGGCGGGAGCUUGCUUGCUCUUCCCUGUCCGUCGGGGAGCUGAGGUGAGCUGAGCUCAGGUUAGGGUUUCGUGCUCCGCUCCGUCUGAGUGCCGCGGAGGGGAGCCGGAGAUGUUCUACUCGCAGUUCAUCUUGGCCAAGAAGGGCCCCCUCGGGACCAUAUGGAUCGCCGCGCACUUGGAGCGGAAGCUGCGCAAGAACCAGGUCACGGACACGGACAUCGGCGUCUCCGUAGAUUCAAUUAUAUUCCCUGAGGUUCCAAUUGCACUGCGGUUAUCCAGCCAUCUUAUGGUAGGCGUGGUCAGAAUCUAUUCUCGGAAGGUCAACUACCUAUUUCAUGAUUGCAGUGAGGCUUUGCUCAAGAUAAAACAAGCAUUUAGGUCUGCUGCUGUUGAUCUCCCCCCUGAAGAAUCAACUGCUCCUUAUCAUUCUAUAACACUCCCUGAGACAUUCCAUCUUGAUGAUUUUGAGUUACCGGAGGCUGAAUUUCAGGGGGACAUCGAUCAUCAUGUAAGCUCAAAAGAACAGAUUACCCUGCAAGACAACCCAGAGAGAACAGGAUAUUCAACAUCUGAAUUUGGUUUAGAUGAAAGAUUUGGUGAUGGCAGUUCUUCACAUAUGGGUUUUGAUUUGGAGGAGGAAUUAUUGCUGGCGAAGGAUCAUCCAAUUGAACUUGAAUCUGGUGAUGGUAUCAUCGUUCAAGGUCAAUCAUCACUUCAUCCUACUGAUAUGGAUGUUGACGAUACCCCAAGUAAAGAUGAAGAGGCUGAAGCAUACAACAAAAUGGAUGAUGAACCUUCUAGUUCCAGCAAGCAAAAUCAAUCGAAUGCAGAUGAUUUAAGGAACAAUAUUCCUAAUUGGACUGGUUACAAUUUGCGUACCCCUGAUUUGAAUGAUAUGCUUUUCCACAAUGAAGAUGAUGCAGGGCCAUCUUCUUCAUACUAUCAUCCUAGUCCCUUCCCUUGUGAUGAUCCUGCAUCUCCUGCAUCUCCUGAGUAUGUAAGCGCUCAAGCCCCGGCUACACCUGGCUUAAUGGAAGAAACAGUUCCUUCCAGAGUGCAUGAAAGUCCUGUUCUGAGUCCGCAAAGGAAAGCUUCACCAUCAAGCAACGAGGAAGCUGCAAAGGUUGACAAUUUUGCUGCUCCGCCCUCAGAUUUUCUCCAUUCAGCUGCAGCAAAUGCUAAUGAUGCUGUUGGUGCUGGGAUGGCUGAAUUUGGAUUGGCUAAGCCUGUGCAAGUUGAGUCUUCUGGUGCCGUACAGGAGAAUCUUGCCGCUCCAUCCUCAGAUAUUCUUCAUUCAGCUACAGCUAAUGCUAAUGAUGCUGUUGGUGCUGAGAUGGCUGAGUUUAGCUUGGUUAAGCCUGUGCAAGUUGAGUCUUCCGGUGCAGCACAGGAGAACCUUGCCGCUCCAUCCUCAGAUUUGCUCCAUUCAGCUGCAGCAAAUGCUAAUGAUGCUGCUAGUGCUGAGAUUGCUGAAUUUGGAUUGGCUAAGCCUGUGCAAGUUGAGUCUUCUGGUGCUGUAGCUCCACCCUCGGAUUUUCUCCAUUCAGCUGCAGUAAAUGCUAAUGACACUGUUGGUGCUGAGAUGUCUGAAUAUAGAUUGACUAAUCCUGUGCAAGUUGAGUCUUCUGGUGCUGUACCGGAGAAUUUUGCUGCUCCACCCUCAGAUUUUUUCCAUCCAGCUGCAGCACAUGCUAAUGAUACUGUUGGUCCUGAGAUGGCUGAAUUUAGAUUGGCCAAUCCUGUGCAAGUUGAGUCUUCUGGUGCUGUACAGCAUAAUUUUGCUGUUCCACCCUCAGAUUUUCUCCAUCAAGGUGCAGCACAUGCUAAUGACGCUGUUGAUUCUGAGAUGGCUGAAUUUAGAUUGUCUGAGCCUGUGCAAGUUGAGUCUUCUCGUGCUAUACGGGAGAUGGAUUUUCUGAGGCAACACUCUGCAACUGUGGAUAUGCCACCAGAACCACAAACAUCAAACCUGGUGGUAAAUACUGAGGAUAUAGCUGUAUCAGGUCAAACACUGCCUUUUAAAGCAACCAUGGGAAGUGUGCCAUUUGUUCAGAAUACUUCGGAGCCGCGCGCUAAUGGUUCUACCGAAACAUACGUGACAGGGAAUCCAACACAUUUUAAUGAGGGGUCAGUAAACAUGCAAGGGUAUAAUUUUCUUACUUCUAAUGUAUCUGUAGAGCCAUACCCUAGUGGUUCUACCGAGCCAUGGGUGACAGGGCAACAACAACAAAGCUUCUUGUCCCAAGCAAGUUGGGGUAGGCCUAGUGGUCCUACCGAGCCACACGUGACAGGGCAUCCAACACAUUUUAAUGAGGGAUCAGGAAAUGUGCAAGGGUAUAAUCUGCAUGCUCCUAAUGUGUUUCUCGGACAUAACUUACAAGAAAUGCCACCAGGAAUGACACACAGUAAUAUAUCAACUGCAGCUUUCCAACAGAACACUGGAACAAUACCGCAAUACAUGUCAUAUAAUGAUAGACCAAAUGACAUGUUCACCUCAAAUUUCCCAGAACGCGAGAGAAUGCUCUCAGCUCCAUAUAUUGGAUUCCACCAGACAAAUGACUUGGGGCAGUUAACUGCAGAGAAAGGAAUCACUGAAUCUGAUGGAAGUAACAAAAUAGGUAGCCUUAGUAGCAGAAAGCGUCACUUGGAGGAUAGCAUGCCAGCUCCAGAGAGUAGGACUACUGAAAAUUUGUCCAGCAGACCACAUGGUCAAAGAACCACUGAUGCUAUUCCUAACGAUGAUGAUAUACUGGCAUCCAUUUUAGUUGGUAGAACCCCUGGAUUGGUGCUUGAUUCAACACCAUUACCACCUAAUGCAUCAACUUCAAAACGCCAAAGGUUGACACCGAAGACCGCAUUGACACCCAAGACCAGGACACCCAAGAGAAGAGUGAAAAUGGAUGAUGCCAUGGUUAUACAUGCUGAUAUUAUACGGCAGCAGUUGAUUAGUACUGAGGAUAUAAGGCGCAUCCGUAGAAAGGCUCCAUGCACCCGUACUGAAAUAUGGAUGAUCGAGAAAGGUUCACUUGAAGAUGAUAUAUUCCGCGAGCCUAUAUUUUCCUGUAUGCACAAGGACCUGAACAGUUUACACUAUCGAACCUAUGAGUCUGUUUCUCAAUUCACCGUACAUAACAGGGAGCCGCAACGACAAGUAGACAUGUCUGAAACUAACCCAGCAGAUAACAGGAAUGCUGGCAUCUCUGGUGCAGAGGAAAGUGCAGCUCUUGAUCACCAACCUCACGUGGUGCUACCAGAUACCAACAAUGUUGACAUCUCUGGUGCAAAGGACAGUGCAGCUCUUCAUCACCAACUGAAUAUGGGACUACCAGACGGAGCUCACAACGUUGGCAUCUCUGGUGCAAAUGACACUGCAGCUCUUGAUCACCAACUAAAUAUGGGACUACCAGAUGGAGCUCACAACGUUGGUAUCUCUGGUGCAAAUGACAGUGCAGCUCUUGAUCUGGGACUACCAGAUGGAGCUCACAACGCUGGCAUCUCUGGUGCAAAUGACAGUGCAGCUCUUGAUCACCAACUUCAUAUGGGACCACCAGAUGGUGCUCAAUUAGAUGCUACACUACAAGAAGCAACUGAUACAGUUGACGGUACAGCUGCAUUUGGUUUGCAAAUGCCAUCUGAUGAACGUGAUAACAACAUUGAAAAAGUAACUGAGUUUGGUGACGGGAAAGAAAUCCCACUUGUUGACGAAACAAAUGCUGCUGCAAACAUUACUGCUCAUGUUGAUACACUGGAUAAGGAUUGCCAUCAAGAUGCUUCGGCAGAUAUGCAGAGGAAUACAAAUGCUGAUACGCCUCUCUUUGUGCAAGAUGACAUAACCCAUGAUUCUGCUACUAUAACAGAUGCUCCUGAUGUUGCUUUGCAUAGUUCUGGCCCAGCUUGUGCACAAGCAGUGGAUGGCCGGGAAGGGGAAUUGAGUGACAUUGUUCGCAAUGAUAUUAAUACUUUUGAGGAUAGGGAGAUGCCCACUUCUGAGAUUACUGGACUGGAAUUCACCGAACAUGCCCCUGGUUUUCCUCAACCAACAGAGGAUGAUAAUGCUGCGUCGGCCAUGGGAGAAAAUUCUGGCUUGCAAGGAAACAAUGCAGGAUCCUUCAUGGACAUGGACAACACGGGGCAUGACUUCACGGACAUGGACAACACUGGGCAUGACUUUGCACUGAAGGAAUGCAGUGAUUUUGGAAGCGCAAUUCACGGUGUCGACACAGAUUUUCUACCCUAUGAUGAUGAUGGGGACUUUGAUGAGGCAAUUGAUCUUGAUGAUGACGACGAUGAGCCAAAUCCUGACGAAUUCCAGUCUCAUGAUGCACUUAGUGGCUGGUCGUCUCGUACCAAGGGUGUUGCAAGAUAUCUCAAGACUCUGUUUGAUGAAGAGUCUGGUCGGGGGAGAAAGAAUGUUGUCAUUGAUCAUCUGGUACAUGGAAAGUCUCGGAAAGAAGCCUCAAGGAUGUUCUUUGAGACCUUGGUCCUGUCGACGAAGGACUACAUUCAAGUGGACCAACCAAUUCCCUUUGGUUUAAUAAACGUGAAGCCAGUGUCCAAGCUCCUGAAGACAGAUUUCUAGACCAAGACCGCCCUAGCAAAAGUGGCAUGAUAUACAAUACAUCUUACAAUAUCUGUCACAGCACCAUCAACAACAUACAGAUUGUCUUCAUCUUCGUUAUCGUCGUGACUCCCCUGGAUUUUCGUUGUUUGUUGUUAAAUUUAUCUCCCUCCGUAGUAGUAUCGUGCCCCCCCGCACUAAUCUGUGCCUAGCAGAGCUGAGCCGAGCUGAAGUAGUAGGGCUGUGUUGUUGUGCUCCAUCCAUGUCAGUGUACAUAUGAUUAGCCCGUGUAAAGCUAAGUUUUAUAUGCCGUGUAAUGUGGUAGUGUCGUUGGCUCAGAGGAAGUUAUUGACUGCCUGUUGUUUUUCCUUGAACAGUCCUUGGGAACUGUAUGCAUCUGGAUCUGUUGGACUGCUUGUAUUUGGAAGUUUUCCUCAUGUUUCAGUACUGAA